AUGCGCCCUGUCAUCUGUCCUUUGGUGUACACUAAAGAGAAGAAACAUGGACAAGGAGGAGCCUGUUGGGUGAUUAAGUGGGAGCAUUACCUCCGUUGUGAUGGCAGACCUGACCCAACUGUACUGCAGGAAAUAAAUACUUUCAUGAGCUUAUGGCGUGAAGAUCAAAAUGAGGACAUUCAGCUUGUGAUGGAGAAGGGAGGACAGGUGCUAAAUUUAAUUGAGAAGUUGCAUCUUCUUUUGUUGGACACACCACCCAAUGAGAUAACAGAAAAAGAAACAGUCCAGUACCAGGAAUCUAUUCUGGAAUUGCAGAAUCUGCUUCAUCAGAAGUACAAUAGAGCAACAGAGAAGCUGCUUAAAACAGCUCAUGUGCACGAAGAUUCUGACCCUGGAAACAUGCAGGCUGUCAUAAAGGACAAAAAUGUUACUUUCUGUAUUUGGGCCAACCUGAAGAAGAAAGUAAGGUUGAAAAAUCACACGUUUAGCGAUGUGCAGCAUGGAUUUGAUCUUCCAAAGCCACUGGCUGUCAGCAGUGUUGCUGUUCGCAUAUUGCACACUCAUUAUGACCACGUGUCUCCACUUUGGCUGCAGCAUCAGGGUGUGCCAAAAUUGGAGGUCUCAGAUGGCAAAGAGUUGACUCUGGAUUCAAAAGACAACAUAGAAGUACCAGAAGAGGAUGAAGAGAAAUCUAGAGAGCCCAACAUGUCUGCUGAGGAAGAAAUGGAAGAAGUGUGUUCUGAUGGGAGAAAGAGUAACAUCUUGUUCGAAGAAAAUAGCAAUAGCAUAGCUGAUAUAAACGAGACAGAGGAGGAAACUGAGAAGAAAUCAGAAAUCUUGGACAUACCAUCACAAGCUCAGGAUCCGCUGGUGAAGGAAGAGAGAAGUGAAAAAAGAGAGGCAAUAACUGAUGAAAGCGUAGUUGAUUUGCAGCAGUUUGUACCAGUGGGUGGUGUGUACCAUAUUGAUGCACUGCAGCUUCCACCUCAGGUCAAAGAAAUCAAGGACUGGAGUAUGGUGGAGUUACAGGAUGGAUUGGAGUCAUACUCAUACUCCCCAGAAGCUGCUGAAGAUUCCACAUGUCCACCACUACAGAUCACCCUUAGGCUUCCUGACAACGUGAUGUAUUUUGAGGAUCCUGUGAUAGCCCGAUGGGAUGCUGCAGGCCAACAGUGGAGAACUGAUGGUAUCAGCAACAUAACAUAGCAAGGUACUGGUACUGAUGAAGCCCUUCUUACAGUGUCUACAAGCUUUGCAGUGAUUCAGAUACAAAUUAAGGAUCAUCAGUGUAUGUUGUCUUCAGUAGUGGUGGAAGAGAAGGAUGUGCUUUCCUCCAUCACAGGGAAAUGGACAAGUUCAGUGGGCCUAAGAGCACUUUUGAAAAAAGUUGGUGUGAAUAUUUUCCCAGGAGAGUAUUCUCACAAGUAUGUCUCCAUGAACAAGAAAGCUGCCCUAGCAGAAGUUAGGGCCUAUCAACAGAUGGCACUGGUUGCAUCGGCUUUUGCUUGGAGCAAGUGGAACACAGAAGCAGGUCAUGAGCAAGUAGUAUUCAAGGUAAGUGAGCAUCUUACAGCCGAUUCUGUGAAAGACAAAGAUUGGUGCCUCUGUAUGUUUAAUGGUCAGAAAGCACAAAAGCUCAAGAUCAGUGAAACGAGUGAAGCUUUUUCAGAUGAGCUAGAAGAAGGUGCCGAAUUUCACUCCACUCUCUACCAUAUGCUGAAGGAUUUUGCCAGCAAAGAUGCAAUUGCUAAAGUAGAGGCAGCUAACUUCCUGUUUAUUGAUAGUGUGUAUCAGCUGCUCCUUGCCACACGAGUUUUAACAUACUCUUAAAUACCGCAUGCUUGCCUUGAGACCUUUAUUAUCAAAAGCUUUCAAUAAAGUUACAGUUCAAGUCUUGAAUUCUUUUCUGUUCAAAUCAUUGGAACAGCUUCAAUGACUAAAAUGCAAACAUUUCAUUUUUG